UGCUGCUGACGUGGCCGCGCGGCCCGGAUGCUCUCCCCACCCCCCCAACCGGCUCGGGAAGGGAGGGGCUGGGGGCUACGCCCCCUCCCCCAACACUGCUUCGGUUUCCGGGGGGGUUGACACCCCGGAUUACAUCCUCCCCCCGCACCAAGCCGAGGGCAACAUUGGAGCCCCCCCGGAAGGCUCCACCAUCCAGAUUCUUCACUGCAGCGGCCUCCCUGCCAAGAACAGCAUUCCGCCCUGCGUCCUGCAGCCACACCCCUGGCGAGCCGCGCCUGGCUACGCCCACGCGACCCCUCCCGUUCGGCCAAUGGAGAACUACGAAUGGCACUACCAGCCCAAGCUUGGCAGUCGGGAGUUACUUCGUGCUUGGGAGAACUUAGUUGGAAGAGGAGGCGGGGAGAAGGUGCUGGAGGCCGUGGGGAGAUGGCCCUUGCACCUAUUCCAACUUCCCUGUUUCCCUGGAGUCGCCGAACCACAGCGCAACCAAGCGGCUCAGAUAUGGCGGGUUGCCUAUUCCCUGUGAGUCUAUGCGGCACUCUUCUGCCUGGUGACUGACGACUUGGAAUUGAAGUUUGUGACGUCAUCGCUUCGACAGACCAAUAGAAGAAGCUCCCGCGGAGAUGGGAUCCACCUCCUUCGACUUUGCUACUUCACGCGCGUGAGCGAGCGAGCGCGCGCGGAGGGGGUGGGGAAAUUCUGGAGCAGGGUGGCGCGCAUGAGCAACGAAGCUCCUCCUCCCCGCCUAUAUAUAAAGGGCUGGCGCGGGGCUCGGCGGCGCCAUUUCGCGCUGGAGUGGAGCAGCCUCUAGAACGACCUGGAGGAUUCUGCUUACCGAUACAGAGCCUUUGACUCGUCGGGGGCCGCCAUUACAAUCCACGUCCAUCCGUUUGGAAAUGGCCUUCGUCUCGGCCUAUGACCGGUCCCGGCGGACAGUACAGACCCCAUAGAAGCCCCUGAAGCUCCCCUUUUUCGGGCCCCGCCCAAUUGUCGGAGUCUGUCCACCCCCUCUACUCCGCCUUCAAGAGGAUUUCAAAGAUGGAGGCGGCGGCUUCCUAAACCACUUUUCGUGUUCAUCCGCCUCCAUCCGAGGUCGAAACGGGAUCUUGUCCAACCCGUACGGUCCCGACAGGAAGAGGGGACCCCUGCAAACCAACAGCGGGCUGUAUUGACGACGGUGUCUAGGAUCGGGGACUGUCUUUGGUUUUGGGGAGUCUAUCCCCCUUGUCGUACGCCGGUCUCUGCUGAGGCCGCCGCCAUUUUCUUGCUGUCCGCUGCCUGCGGAGCGCGCCAAGCUGCCGGGAGUCCUGCGAGAGGCCGCGCGGAGGAGACUGCUCGUGCCGGCCCAGCGGGGAGAUUGUCGCCUGGAGGGCCAAGGGCAACGGCCUCCCCCCCACUUCCCGGGUUAUGCUGGACCGGGCGGUGAGGGGAUCCGAGGCCACCCGGACUUUACGCGGCUGAAGGCAGCGCUGGUUCCCCGCGGUCAAGAUGCUGCAAAACGUGACUCCCCACAAGCUCCCUGGGGACGGGAAUGCAGGGUUACUGGGGUUGGGCCCAGAGGCAGCAGCUCCAGGAAAAAGGAUUCGAAAGCCUUCUCUGUUGUAUGAGGGAUUUGAGAGUCCUACUAUGGCGUCAGUGCCAGCUUUGCAACUAACCCCUGCCAACCCACCACCCCCUGAAGUAUCCAAUCCCAAAAAGCCAGGACGGGUAACCAACCAGCUGCAAUACCUGCACAAGGUGGUGAUGAAAGCUCUGUGGAAACAUCAGUUUGCGUGGCCAUUUCGGCAGCCUGUAGAUGCUGUCAAACUGGGUCUGCCGGAUUAUCACAAAAUUAUAAAACAGCCUAUGGACAUGGGUACUAUUAAGAGGAGACUUGAAAACAAUUAUUAUUGGGCUGCUUCUGAAUGUAUGCAGGAUUUCAAUACCAUGUUCACCAACUGUUACAUUUACAACAAGCCCACUGAUGAUAUAGUCCUGAUGGCACAGACACUGGAAAAGAUCUUCCUACAGAAGGUGGCAUCAAUGCCUCAAGACGAACAAGAGCUUGUGGUGACCAUCCCUAAGAACAGCCAUAAGAAGGGGGCCAAGUUGGCAGCACUCCAGGGCAGUAUUACCAGUGCCCAUCAGGUGCCUGCUGUCUCUUCUGUGUCACACACAGCCCUAUAUACUCCACCACCUGAGAUACCUACCACUGUCCUCAACAUUCCCCAUCCAUCGGUCAUUUCUUCUCCCCUUCUCAAGUCUCUGCAUUCUGCUGGACCCCCGCUCCUUGCUGUAUCUGCAGCUCCCCCAGCUCAGCCCCUUGCCAAGAAAAAAGGGGUUAAACGAAAAGCAGAUACUACCACCCCUACACCUACAGCCAUCCUGGCUCCUGGUUCCCCAGCCAGCCCUCCUGGGAGUCUUGAGCCUAAAGCAGCACGGCUUCCCCCUAUGCGUAGAGAGAGUGGUCGCCCCAUCAAGCCCCCACGCAAAGACUUGCCUGACUCUCAGCAACAACACCAGAGCUCUAAAAAAGGAAAAUUGUCAGAACAGUUAAAACAUUGCAAUGGCAUUUUGAAGGAGUUGCUCUCUAAGAAGCAUGCAGCCUAUGCCUGGCCUUUCUAUAAACCAGUGGACGCUUCUGCUCUUGGCCUGCAUGACUACCAUGACAUCAUUAAGCACCCCAUGGACCUCAGCACUGUCAAGCGGAAGAUGGAGAACCGUGAUUAUCGGGACGCACAGGAGUUUGCUGCUGACGUGCGGCUUAUGUUUUCCAACUGCUAUAAGUACAACCCCCCAGACCACGAUGUUGUGGCCAUGGCACGAAAGCUGCAGGACGUAUUCGAGUUUCGUUAUGCAAAGAUGCCAGAUGAACCACUGGAACCAGGGCCUUUACCAGUCUCCACUGCUUUGCCCCCUGGGCUGACCAAAUCCUCUUCAGAGUCCUCCAGUGAGGAAAGUAGCAGUGAGAGCUCCUCUGAGGAAGAGGAGGAAGAAGAUGAGGAAGAUGAGGAGGAAGAGGAAGAAAGUGAAAGCUCAGACUCAGAGGAAGAAAGGGCUCAUCGCUUGGCAGAACUACAAGAACAGCUUCGGGCAGUACACGAACAACUUGCUGCCCUGUCCCAGGGCCCGAUAUCUAAGCCUAAGCGAAAGAGAGAGAAAAAGGAGAAAAAGAAGAAACGGAAGGCAGAGAAGCAUCGCGGCCGAGCUGGUGUUGAUGAAGAUGACAAGGGGCCUCGGGCACCCCGCCCUCCUCAGCCCAAGAAGUCUAAGAAAGCUAGUGGCAGUGGGAGUGGCAAUGCUGCCACGCUAGGCCCUCCUGGCUUUGGAUCUUCUGGAGGAAGUGGCAACAAGCUACCCAAAAAGGCCACAAAGACAGCUCCACCUGCCCUGCCUACUGGAUACGAUUCAGAGGAAGAAGAAGAAAGUAGGCCCAUGAGUUAUGAUGAGAAACGACAGUUAAGCCUGGAUAUCAACAAAUUACCUGGAGAGAAAUUGGGUCGAGUUGUACAUAUAAUCCAAGCCCGAGAGCCUUCUUUACGGGACUCAAACCCAGAAGAGAUUGAAAUUGAUUUUGAAACACUCAAACCAUCCACACUUAGAGAACUUGAGCGUUAUGUCCUCUCCUGCCUACGAAAGAAACCGCGGAAGCCCUAUACCAUUAAGAAACCUGUAGGAAAGACAAAGGAGGAACUAGCUUUGGAGAAAAAGCGGGAACUGGAAAAGAGGUUACAAGAUGUCAGCGGGCAGCUCAAUUCCACCAAGAAGCCCCCCAAGAAAGCGAGUGAGAAAACUGAGUCAACCUCUGCACAGCAAGUAGCAGUGUCUCGUCUCAGUGCUUCCAGCUCCAGCUCAGAUUCCAGCUCCUCCUCUUCAUCUUCCUCUUCUUCAGACACCAGUGACUCGGACUCAGGCUAAGGGGCCAGGCCAGAUGGGGCAGGAAGGCUCCGCAGGACCGGACCCCUGAACUACCCUGCCCCAACCCAUUCCCCCUUGCUGUGACACUUCUUCAUCUCACCUCCCCUCCCCCCUCUGUAGGAGAGCUGGCUCUGCAGGGGGGAGGAAUGCAGGAACAUUCACUGAAGGAGGGACAUGGACAAAAAAUAAGAUUGAAUUCCCAGCCCCUUUGGGAGUAACCUCUUGGGCAUAGAGCCCCCUGUUCAGAAUGAUGGGGAUGGGGCAAGGGUACAGGGUGAGAGUGGGCAAAAGCCCCUGGACACAAUGUUACCUGAGGCCAUAGCUGCGCUGUUCACUUCUAAGGGCCCUGUUUUGAGGUUGUUUGUUCUAAUUUAUUUUAAGCUAGGUGAGGCUGUGGGGGAUAUGGCCAUGGUCCCCUUGGCCUCCAUGGGGAGGGAAGAAGGGGGAGCUCUUUUUUUACGUUGACUUUUUUUUUUUCUACUCUGUUUUCCCUUUUUCCUUCCGCUCCAUUUGGGGCUCUGGGGGUUUCAGUCAUCUCCCCAUUUGGUCCCCUGGACUGUCUUUGUCUCUUGAUUCUAACUUGUAAAUAAAGAAAAUAUUAUUCAA